GGCCUGGCGGCGGCGGCGAAAAAUAUCCCCGGACUAGGUAUCCUGCGUGUCUCCAGUGCGGUCCGCCGCUUGGCGUCCCCGUCGCGGCGGGCGCAGGUACAGGCUGCCGGAAGCACCAUUUCCGAGGGGGAAGAGAAGACUAAUUUUCGGUUGGCUCUUCCUGAAAAGAACACCAAUUUCCUUCGAAUGUUAUGUGAAGAAUUAUUGUGCCUUCUCCAGGAGGGAGAAAUGGCCACAAGGUUGCUGCCAGCCCAGGCUCAGGAGUCUGUGACAUUCAGGGACGUGGCUGUGUUCUUCAGCCAGGACGAGUGGCUGCGCCUGGACUCCGCGCAGAGGACCCUGUACCGGGAGGUGAUGCUGGAGAACUACGGCACCCUCGUCUCGCUGGGAAUCCUGUUUUCCAAACCAAAGGUCAUCUUCCAGCUACAGCAAGGGGAAGACCCCUGGAUGGUGGAAAAUGGAGUUUCUCAAGGCCCGUGUGUAGGUUGGGAGCGCUUGUUUGAAACUACAGUUUCUGAAGAAGAAAAUCAGGAAGUAAUGAAUAAACUCCUAGGUGACAGUCCUUUUGAUUUCAAGCCAGGGAAAGCCUAUAUAAAUGAGGACAAGCUAGAGAAGCAACAAGGCAAAAAGAACAAACCUUUCAGGAAAGUCUUAGUCACCAUCAAAAACACCUACCUGAGGGAGAGGAGCUUUACAAGUAUUGAGCUCGGGAAAAAUCUCAGUCUGAAAUCAUCCCUUAUUAGAAAACCCAGACUCGUUUCCAGAGGAAGGAAACCCCAUUCCCAGCAGUAUUCAGUUCUGUUUAAACAACUGGGAGUCAAUACGGUGCGCAAAUGUUACAAAUGUAACCUCUGUGGGAAAAUCUUCCUCCACAGUUCUUCCCUGAGUAAACACCAGAGAAUCCACACCGGAGAGAAGCUCUACAAAUGCAAGGAAUGUCGGAAAGCUUUCAGCCAAAGCUCCUCUCUCACUCAGCACCUGAGAGUUCACACGGGAGAGAAACCUUACAUCUGCGGCGAAUGUGGGAAAGCCUUCAGUUUCACCACAUCCCUCAUCGGACAUCAGAGGAUGCAUACUGGAGAGAGACCCUAUAAAUGCAACGAGUGUGGCAAGACAUUUAAAGGAAGCUCAUCCCUGAAUAAUCACCAACGAAUUCAUACCGGAGAAAAGCCCUAUAAAUGUAACGAGUGUGGGAGAGCCUUUAGCCAGUGCUCAUCUCUUAUUCAACAUCACAGGAUUCAUACUGGAGAGAAACCCUACGAAUGUAGUCAGUGCGGGAAAGCCUUUACUUCAAUAUCUCGGCUAAGUAGACACCAUAGAAUUCAUACUGGAGAGAAACCCUUUAAUUGUAAUGAGUGUGGGAAAGUAUUCAGUUAUCACUCGGCCCUUAUCAUACAUCAGAGAAUCCACACUGGGGAGAAACCUUAUGCGUGUAAAGAAUGCGGGAAAGCCUUCAGCCAAAGCUCUGCUCUGAUACAGCAUCAAAGAAUUCAUACAGGAGAAAAACCCUACAAAUGCAACGAAUGUGGGAAGGCCUUCUCCUGGAUUUCACGGCUUAAUAUACACAACAGAAUCCAUACCGGAGAGAAACCGUAUAAGUGUAAAGAAUGUGGAAAAGCCUUCAGUUCUCACUCAGCGGUUAAUACUCAUCGAAAAAUUCACACUGGAGAGAAACCUUAUAAAUGUAAUGACUGUGAAAAAGCCUUCAACCAAAGCUCAGCUCUCAUUCAGCACCAGAGAAUUCACACUGGAGAGAAACCAUUUAGCUGUAAAGUAUGUGGGAAAGCCUUCCGACAAAGCUCAUCCCUUAUGACGCAUAUGAGGAUUCAUACAGGAGAAAAGCCGUAUAAAUGUAAAGAAUGUGGGAAGGCUUUUAGUCAGAGCUCAUCCCUUACCAAUCAUCAGAGGACUCAUACUGGAGAAAAACUAUAAAUAAAACACAUGUGGUGGAAGGUCUUCCAACUGAAGUUCAUUCCAUACUCAAUUUUGAAAAACUCAUCCUGGGCAGGAAGUGAUGAAGAGUAGUUAAUUGUGAGGUAAACUUCAGAAUGUAGACCUCCUCAGACAUCAGAGACUUCAUGAUGCAGGUAACAUUAGGUGUAUUAGGAAAGCUUCUGUGAAAUGUGUUUUUCAUAGUUUUUAAGUUAUUACUAUAAGGUAGAGAAUGUGUAAGAUUCUUUUAUCUUCUCCCGGCUGACGUGCAAUAAGAGCCCCCAGCUUUCGCAAGCGUCCCUGGGAAGCGUGUUGAUUUAUGUGAAAGUGCAGCCAUAAAAUCCAGACUUUAGAUUAAUCCAGACAUCUAUUUUUUGAAAUGACAUUUCAGUGUUAUGCAAGCCAGUUAUCCUAAGAAGACUGUUUUGGAGAAGACAUGUAAGCAGGUGACCUCUAGCUACCUCACUGUCACUAAAAUGAGUUCUUUAAUAGUUUAAGGCAAAUCGCGUACUUGGUGGUUGUGAAAAUUUUUGGAUUGUUUCUUCUUUGCUUUCCAAGCCAUUUACCUGAGAAGAAAAUCACUCUGUAAACUCUGCAGGCAUAUGGGCCUGUGAGUUUUCUUCCCGAUGACUUGUUCCCAGCUCUGAAGCAGAUCUAAAGUCACUUUAUUUUAAAUCACAAAAUGCAUGGUAUUUCACUUGGUUUUAUCAUAAAGUGAUUACCUUUGCUGUGUGAGGUUGAGAAUUAAAGGUUAUUCAGACAA